ACAGAAUGUUGUAGGAAUAUUUGCUCCAUGGAAAGUAAGCCCUCAGGCUUUUUAGUAAGACAAUGCAAAAGUCCAUAUAGUUUUCUGACUUGACUUGAUAUUUGCUCGUUCUGGAUGCCAUUUCAGGUUAGCCUAAGUGAAACUUUACAGCCGCAAACCAGACAAAGGCCCGCGGCAGGUGGAUCCUCUGCUGUUCCCGAGCAACUGGGAUCAUGCACUGCUCUGAUCACACUGAGCCUUCCUGGUUACUUGGCGAGGAGGAUAAAGUUGAACCCAGGCUUUGAUUGCCUUCUGAGAGAGAGGACUGGAAAGAACAAAAGUAGCAAACAUCUGUGAACUAGUGAAUGCACAAAGCCAUAAACUAUAUUGUUGUCUACUUGGCUGUUAUGGCUUUAAUUAAAAACAAUUAAUUUUAAUUUUACUGCUUAGAUCUGCAUGUGCCAUCUCAUGACGAGACUGUAAACUUGACUGUGUAUCCAUCUUAAAGUCAAGAGAGUGAGAUUCAGGGAUUCAUUCUGCAGGGAUGCUUCCUGUGGUUUGGGCAUUCCUGGAAUGUUGGAAGGAUUUUCCAUGGAAGAUAAUUUUCAGAUAUCGGGUGACACAUAGAGUGAGAGAUUUGCCUACAUUUACAGCCAAAAGCUCAAACAUACACCCACACACCCACACACACACUAAUAUCCCAGCUAACUGUGCGUGUCCCUGUGAGUGCAUGUGUGUGUGUGUGUGUGUGUGUGUGAGUGACUAUAAGUGAGUAGGCUGUGCCGCACCCACACUUUGUUGCUUUGCUGUGAAUGUGUGGUGAGCCUCAGAAUGCACUGAAGAAUUUGGGCGCUGCUGCAAAAAAGUAAACAGUAGCCUUCACUUGAGAUUCAACCUUUACUGUUAAAGAAGAGGUGAGGUUUGUUUAAAAAGAAUAUGAGGACAGUUUAUUUUAGCUAUUAAUACAAACGGGUGAAAAAUGCGAGGACAAAUAUAAGAAAUGUAGAUUCCAUAGCACAUGAGGUGUCACUGAAUGGUUUGACCAGCAGGAAAAUGAUGAGAAUCAGAUUCACAUCUAGUCUCAAUGGAGCAGCUAUGAAUUUGAGAUUUGCAGUGUUCAACAUCACCAGAGGAACAAUCCUGGGGUUGUUCUGGCAGCCCAGCACCAUACCAAGACACUUUUAUGUGGAUUUUAAUCGUGUGCAGGUUGUACUGUAACCCCUUGAAGCACCCUGCGUCAGUUUAUUUAUUUCUGGUGUGUGACAGACAGAGAACAACAGAAGAAGAGAACAGAAGAGAUUACAGCUGCUGCUGUUAUCUGACCUCCCAGCAUGCACGUAUCCUCGUCAAACACAUAAUUAACACUUUGAGCAGCAGCCGCACCGUUAUAAGGCACUGUAAAUAACCUGAACGUGACUUUACCCAGAAUGAAGUCAACUGUGUUUUGUUUUUCUCUUAAUUUUAAGGAUGGUGUCUGCUGUGUGAAGUGUGUUAUGUCUGGACCCUAUGACUAUGACUGGACCUAGCUGAUGAAUCACAGGAUGGAGAGCGGGAUGGCUAAUACCUUAAAAGAUGAGAAGAUGAAUGUGGAGGCUCUAAGCAGAGCAGAGCUGCUGACUCUCCUCAGUGUGCUGGAAGGAGAGCUGGAGGCCCAGGAUGUGGUCAUCCAUGCCCUGAGGGCUCAGCAGAGAGACACAUUCGUCCAGGAGCGUUAUGGCGAGUAUGACCUCAGCGAUCCCUUCCUGGCCCUGCAGCGGGACAGUGAGCCCUCAGAGCGCCAGAACACGCUCACUCAGACUCGUACCAACCUGCAGGGCCGGGCGGUGGGACCCAACCCGCUUGCGGUCCUUAAACUGGUCAUGGCUCACUGCAAGAGGAUGCAGGAGAGGAUGAUGGGUCAGCUGUCUGCUGCUGAGAGCAGACACAGGCGGAUUAUAGCUGAUCUGGAGGAGGAGAAACGACGGUGUGCUCAGAAGUCUGCGCAGAAUGAUGAUUUCACCUUCAUGCUGCAGGCGGAAAAUGACAAACUACUGCUACAGUUGGAGGUGGAGCGGGCAACAGUGCGGAGGUUAGAGAAGGAACACGCACAGGCGGUGGGCCAGGUGGAGGAGUCACUGUCCCAGCAGCAAGAGCUCUCAUCCAACCUGACUCUGGAGCUCCAGAAAGCCUGCAGCCAGGCGCAGGAGGAGGCUCACAAAGUCUCCCAACUCCGCACGUUGCUGCGAGAGGAGACCAGUGCCCUGGAGAAGCUCACGGGGGUUCUCGGAGAUGAGAAGAGCAGGGCAGCCCAGCUAGACGUGAGGUCUGAAAGGCAGCUGGCUGAGUUUGACAUCGAGAGAGAGCAGAUGAAAGCCCGGAUCGGCAAAGAGGAGGAGAGGAGCAAGGGACUUGAGAGGCAACUGGAGGAGCUGAGGAAGAGGUUGGCUGAAACUGGAGGGGUUAAAGAAGAGCUAAAGGAGUCUGUGACAGAGGGGAAAGAAUCACUUUCCAUCGUGGGGUCCACCUCUGUUCAGACUGAGCCAGAUGGAAAGAUAACUGCCGCCCCUAAAUCCUCCUCACUAUCAAAGGUCAAUGGCCAUCCCACUCAUAAAGAGUCAGAACCACCACCGGAGGGGAGAGGACCAGAACAUGGUGGGGUGGUAGAGAAUGGGGGAGCAGGACUUUUGCAUUCCCCUCUUCCCCCUCAUCCGCACCUUCACUCUCCCUCCAGCACGGCCUCCUCUUCGCUCUCCUCUUCGCCCAUUUCCUCGCCUGUUCUUGCCAAGCGUCUGGGCAGCCCAGGCUUCCAUCAGUCCUCCUACCAGGCUGGUAUCAACCAGCGCUUCCAUGCCGCCAGGCACAAGUUCCAGAGCCAGGCUGAGCUGGAGCAGCAGCAGCAUGGGGGCCCUCUUUCCCCCAGGGACCUCUCCCCCACCACCUCCUCCAUCCCUCCCCCACUAGAGCACAGCUCAGCGAAGCAGCUGGCCCGCAACACCGUCACUCAGGUGCUGUCCCGCUUCACCAGCCAGCAGGCUGGCGUCAAGCUGGCACCACUCAGCAGCUCUCCUUUUGGUACCGACUACCGCAACCUGGCAGCAACUCCUCCCGGCGGGAGGUCGCCUUCUUCAGGGCCGCUAUCUCCGGGGAUCCGCUCCCCCCUCACUCCUCGCUCAGAGAGGACUCAUCCUCCUCUGACCGCUCCCAAGAAGCCCGGCAUGAGUCCAACUCCAGGCUCCCCAAGUCACUCUGCUCGGACCAGUCUCUUCCCAGAGCUGACUGGGAACUGUGGACAACGCAGCAGUGGGCAGGAAGGAGCCAAGGAGCCAGACCUGGUUUUAUCUUCCAGCAGCUAACGGACAGAUUAUACAAGCUAACUCCUAAAUAAAUCAGGCCUGAAGUUUUAGAAUGAAAAUAUGUCUGUUAUUUUACACUUUAACUUUAUAUUAAGGGUGUUUAGAAAUCAUACCUAUAAAGAAAACAAGAUAAAGACCUGUUUAGUUUUGAACGUUUCACAGUACAACUCUUUUCCCUUAAUACUAGAAUAACAAAUAAGACUUUAGUCAGAAGCAACACUGUAUAGAAAGUAGAAAGGCUGAAAUAAAUGGAUGUAAAGUAUAGAAAAUGUUUAGCGAUCACCAUUUCACAAUAAACUAGUGAGUAGUUUUGAAAUAUUAUUCCAAACAAGCAGUAUGCAGUUUCUGUUGAAAUGGUCUGAAAAAACACUAUUGUAAAUAGUUUGAAGAGCUCACAGUUGAUUCUGUGAACAUCACAUGCAUGUGCUGUUUUGUUUCUUUUACACUUGUCAUGAAUACACUGAAUCGUGUCCCUAAAUGGGGGGCACACUUUGUACAACAUUACUGUAAGAUACUGGAUGUCAACAAUUUAUAAUAUUUUCAUUCAGGGAAGUUUAACUUCUGCUUUAUCCAAACCACGAAGGACUAUGUCACCAUUAUGUGACAACUCUUUGGGGAUAUUCCAUCAUUGGACAAAAUGGGGACUAUAGGUUUGAAUUGUGCUACUGUAACCGUUUAGUAUCUGUAAAAUAAUGUACAUAUAUUGUUGUGUCUUGUCCUAACAGUGCUACAGAAGUUUGUUUUAGGUUUAACAUGCUUUUUGUCUUUACAAUCAAGAAUAGAUGGAAACUUAUUGUUUUAGCUUAUCAAUUUAAAUCUGUAGUUGUAUACACUGUCUGGGAGGUGCCACACCACCCGUCUCUUGUAAUAAAUAUGCAUAUCAUGAAAACCUGCAA